CUAUUUUUCCAUCCUGUCUAUCUAUCAUCUAUCUAUCUAUCUGUAUGUCUGUCUAUCCUAUCUUGUUUAUGGCCCAUGUGUGAGCGAAGCAGGCAGAGUGAGACUCAUGAGGCCCAUUUGACAGAGGAGGAAAGGAGAGUGUCUCAGAAAGGAUAGGUGACAUGUCUAGGAUCUUACAGCUUGGGAAGGGCCUGAGGCGGCAUUGGAACCCAGAACCCUUCAGAGUCCAGGUCUCUGGACUCCUGCUGCUUUGUGGGUAAGGUGUGUAGAUAUCAGGGAGGCCUGGGUGGGGGCUGUCUGUGGAGCCGGGGUGAUGGGAGGCCAGCCUGUGGUAUUUGUGCCAGGGACUCAGUGUGUGUGGUAGGGAGAAGUGGGGGCCCAGAGAUGGUGCUGGGCGAGGAGAGCAAUGGAGGGAAUGGGUUAGUGGGUUGGACAUGUCAGAAGGUAGGUACAAGUGGGGGUGGAUAUGAACAGGGUGCUACCUUUGGACAGAGCUCACCCUGGGGAGUCGGGGUGCCUGAGGCUCAGGGACUCAGAUCCAGCCUGCACAUUGGGGUGCCCAUGGGGCACUUCCAGGUGAGGAGGUCCUGCCCAACAUCACUUUUCUCCCUCGGGCCCCACCUCACUGCCCUUGCUUGCUGCCCUGGGAGAGAGAGCUCCUUACACCAACAGUCACAGGCUGGUCCCUCACUCUCCCUAACAUGCCCCUGAAGCAGUCUGCAUGGACAGGAGAGUGUCAGGUCACUCCUUCUCCCUCCCUUCUGCCCCAGAGUCUCAGCUCAGGCUUUGAGUCUGUCCAGGUAGCCAGGCAUGGCUGUUCAGAACCUGGUCCAGCCCCUGUCUCCCUUUGUUACCUACCCCAGCUCUCCAAAUGGCCCCCUCUCAGAUGCCCCAGCAGUUUCUUCACCCUGAAGCCCCGCCUUGACAACAUCAAGAAAAGCCCAGCCUCGAUUUCCCAAAUAUUGGGGCCUAGAUAUAAAGCCAGCUUCAGGCCUGCCCACGAGAGCGAUCCUUCUGAAAAGAUCGCAGAAUCAGGGGAAGCCAUACCCGAUCAGAUGGCUCCUGGAGGAGGUCCCAGACCUUCCCUCCUCAUUCCCACCCCUCUGAAGGAUGCUGAUGAGCCCAGGACACAGAGAAGGGAAGGGCGCCAGCAUUAAGCACCUACUGUGUUCCGAGUGCUGGGCUGAUCGCUUUCCAUUUAUUAUCUCCCAUGAUCAUCACAACAAACCUGGCAAGUGGGUGCUAUUAUUAUCCCCAUUUUACAGUUGAGGAAACUGAGCCAGACAGGCUAAGUGACUUGCUCAGGGUCACACAGUUGCUAAGCGUCAGAGGUUAGAUUUGACUUCGGCCCUUCCCGACUCUACCCACUGACACAUAGCUGCUUCUAGUUAAGUGGAGGGUAUGAGAGCCGGCUUGCACCAUGUGAAUGGACAGCAUCCUUCUUGCCUGACUCAGUUUACCUGGAAAUAGUGACCGGAUCAACAAGUACUUUUUAGUCUUGGUAACAGAGUCUCUGGGAAAGACUGUCCCAGAGCAUGGAGAAGACCAGGGACAGUCAUGUUCCCACUGGUCACAGGAGGGAUGCCCACAGCUGGCUGCUUUGGACACCCAUUCACAACAAGCACGCCUCUUCCUCUACCACAGCCCGUGACCCAGCUGUGAGUCACUGCCCGCAGAGGAUGAUGAUUUGGUUGUUUCCUUUAGUCAUAAAAUGUCAAACACCCAAGGCUGGCAUUUCUGUAGAGGGAUUGUUUGGCAAAGCAAGGGUGUGGCACUGGCCUCAGUUUCUCUGAGAGGGCCUUCUCCCUAAGAUGACUGGCCGGUAGUCAACUUGUUGACCGACCAAAUGGAAUGCUGUCCGGGGAGGGUGUGACAGACAUCAGAGGUGUCAUGUCACAAACAGGCACCCGCGGUGCCCGCCUGUCUGGAAGUGGGCUCUCGAGAUCUCCCCGGAGGCUGCUGCCGCCUGUGAGGAGAGCAGGCCAGCUGACCCUCUCCCUCCGUUGUUAGCAGGGCCCGUGUUCUCAGCACUGGGAUGCAGAACUCCAGAGCCUCCAAUCUAAGAUUCACAGAGCAAGGCUGGCCUGGCAUUGGAGGCAGAGGGUGACCUCCCCGAGGGGAUAACACUUUAGGAGCCUUGGAGAAGUGGGCUGGGAGGCGGUCCCUGAGUACCGGAGCUCCUCUGCCCCCCACCUACCCAUCCAGGCUCCACCAAUAGGAGCUGUUAUUGGCGCUGAGGGGAAGCCUGGGACCUGCCCUCAGGGGGCUCGCAGCCUGGUGUGGAGCAAGCCCCCAGUCUGGAGAACUGUGCUGCCCAGGGUUCUGUAAUGCCUGGAUGCCAGCGGGGCGGGGAAGUGCCAGAACGGAUACCAGGGGGUGAGUGACUCAGGCUGCGGUGGGAAGGACUAAUGACCACGUGGCUGCUUGUAACACUCAUCUCCCAUCAAAGGAAAACAAUGGAGGAAUUGGUGCUCGGCUCGCUGGGAUGGCCGGGUCCCGGGCCUGGGCUGGGAGACAGCACGCAGCGAAGCCGCCUUUUCUGACGCCCUGCCGAAAGAUCCUGGGGCAAGUCCGAGGACCCCCUGCUCCAAGGGGGCUGAUGGCUCCUGGGACACUAGCAGGAAGCGAGGUGUGUUUCCCUUCCUGGUGAAUGUCAGACAAAGAGCCAUGGCCUGCUCGGCUUGGGGUGCCAGCCUUCUCACCAAGCAGGAGACGAGUUGGAUUUUAAGCCACUUAAGGCGCUGACUUUUCUUCACCUUUGUGUUGAACUAGCUGAAAAGGUCGAUCCAGAAUGAACCUUCAGAAAUGGGAAGAGAAAGAGCACGAGGCCCCCCAGCCGGCCUUAUUUCGAGGGGAGAAACGUGGGAAGGAGUUGGCGCCUGAAGGAACACCCACCUUCCUUCCCGCACGCUGGGACUCGUUCCCCCACCUCAGCCCACAGGAUGCUCAGGAAGCCCACUUGCACACGCUGGGGGCGGAUGGGGAAAGGAUUUCCUUAACCAAUUCUUGUACCAAAGUGUUUGCGGGGGAUGAGGACGUCUCUCGGGAGGCAUGGCCUCUGUCUGCAAGGUCAGGGAUGCGUGGUGAGGUACCAGGGGGGUCCUGGGUGAAUGACAAGAGGGGUCUGCUGGAACCAGAAUACCUGUAUAACAGUGCCCAGGCUCAGAGGGUUCAGCUCUCAGGGCCCAGAGAGUGGAGACAUGACUGUGGAGAUGCUAAGGGGACGCCGGGCCCUGCUGUGCUCAGCCUGGAAGAAGGGUGGGAAAUGACGGGUGCAGGCCGGGGCACCGUGGCAACGCCUGAUGCCCUGGACGCAUCGGCUCCGCAGGGAAGCCUGCCCCACCCGGGGCUCCCACGCGGCCAGGCUACGGCAGCUCCUGCCUGUUCUUCUGACGUGUGCACAGGAGACAACCCGGCUGGCGAGGACUCGGGGAUCCCUCCCGGGGUUGCUGCCCAGGAGCCUCGUGAGGUCUCCAACACCACAUAUCUCGUUAUAUCUGAGACAGCCAUGCAGAUAGAUGCCCCGGCAGAUGCCGAGAGCCCGCGCUCUGCAGAGAAGAUGCUUGGCGCUCUCACCAACGGCUUUCAGCAGGAAAUGACCGAAGUCCCCGGGCCAGGUUUGGAAGGGCUUAGUGGUUCAUGUAUGCCUCUGACAGAGAAGGCUUUUGGCUUAUAUGAAGACCGACCAAAUGGGGAGCCCCCUUCGCAGACUUUGUGUGCCCCAGCCGUGCCGCUGUCAGGGUACUGUCCAGAGGCUGACUGCCCUGUGGACAGGCCACCUUUCAGUGACCCCGCGGAACAGCUGUGUCAGCCAGGAGACCGACUGAAUGAGAUGGCCUCUCCUGAGGGCAGCCUGGGCGACGGAAGCCAUCCUGGGGGAACCCCACUGGCAGGAAGUCCCCCGCCGGGCUGGGAAGUGGCCCCAUCGCUUGGGUCGCCGGGGCCGGGAGCGGAUAGCGUUUCCAGCCCCACUGAUGUUGGUUAUCUGCCGCCAGCUAUCCCUGGGUGCCCCAAUGAGACUUUUUCUGUCUUGCUUCCUGAGAAAACAAAGGAGAAAUCUUCUGAAAAAGGAAAAAUCACUCGAGAGCUGGCCAAGCACCCCAGUAGGAAACUGGCCCCCAUCAAGGGGCUAAAACCUGCCCUCGGCAAAGUCCUGGGAAAACCUGCGCCCAAGCCGGGGAGCCCAGCAGGAAGCAGCCUCCACAGGACAGAGAAGAUCAGCUUUCCCAGGCCCAACUUCAAGAACGUGAAAGCCAAGGUAAUCUCUCGUGGGGUGCUGCGGCCCCGAGAGCCGGCGGCUGCAGCAGCAAGGCCCCCACCGCCCGCAGGGCCCCCACCGGCAGAGCUGCCCUCGAGCAGCGGGCCUAGCAGAGCUGAGUGGAAGGCCAGUGCCAAGGCAGACGUCCUCCCGAGUAAGAGCCACAGGCCGCCCCUCCUUAAGCUCAUUAGCAGCCAGGUGGUGCAUGUCACAACCCAUUCCAGAAACGCUUCCCAGGAGGCUCCCAGAGCAGCCCGGGAGCCGAGAGCGAACCACGCAGGCAGCGGCCCCCAAGCCAGUCUGUCCAAGGCUGGGCGCCUGCCAGGGUCUGCGGCUGGAGCCAUGGGGCCCCACCGGGGCGCGGAUGCCCCAAAUGCCCCCGUGAGAACGGCGGAAUCUGCUCUGCAAGAGCCUCGAGCUCCCGCCUCCGAUGGAGCCAGCACUGAGAGGCGCACGAGUACGGACGGAGGCGUGCCCAUGCCCCCGGGCACCCAGGAAGCACAGAGGGAGGUGGUGACCGCUCUGUCCGCCUGCGGUCCUGCCCCGGCUUCCACGCCGAAAUCACCACCGGUGGCCGGCAGAAGCGGGUCUAAGCACGACCCCCUGGGACUCAGUAAAAUCCCUGUUCCCAAGAUGAAAGUCUGGCCGUCCGUUUCCUGUCGGAGGCGAAGCACCGAAUCCAGGACUUUCCAUGCCGAGCGCGCUCUCUCUCCCCAGAGAGCCAGGCGUGUGUCCAGUUCUGGUGCGCCGAGGAAAAGUGUGUCCCCCAGUCUGGUUGCGGUGCUUAGCACAGUUGAAAAAGGUAAACAGAGGCACCCCCGGACACCGUGCAGCCAGCCCCAGUCUUCUCCGGAUGCUCUCUCUACUGAAAAAGCCCUGGGAUUGGCCUCCUAUAGAGCAAAAUGUGACCACCAAGGCAAGGUCAUCCUGCACCUCAAGCAGCUUCUCACGGGAGGGAACCGCAAGUUGGAGGCGCUGGCAGUGGUGGUCCAGCACUUGCUGUCCGAGAGGGAGGAAGCUCUGAAACAGCACCAGGCCCUAUCGCAAGAGCUGGUCAGCCUCCGGGGAGAGCUGGUCACUGCUUCUGCCGCCUGCGAGAAGCUAGAGAAGGCCCGGAACGAGCUGCAGGCCGCGUGCCAGGCCUUUGUGGACAAGCUGAACCGGCAGCACCAGGCGGAUCUGGCAGAGCUGGAGAGCCAGCUGAAGGCUCACUACGCGGGCGAGUGUGAGAAGCUGCAGAGCGUGUGUGUGCAGGAGGUGCAGAAGUACCAGGCCCAGCUGCAGAGUCAGGUUGAUGACUUAAAUGCUGCCCACGAAGCCUUCAAGUUGGAAGUCGAGUCCAGCCAUUUGGAGCAAGUCGAUUUGCUGAAGAAGGCCUACGAAGCCUCCCUCACAGAAAUCAAGGAGAGCCAUGACCUGGAGAAGACGUCCCUGGAGGAGCUGUUCUCUGAGAAGCGUGAGUCGCUGGAGAAAGAGAUCCACGAUCUGAAGGGUAAGAACGAUGCUCUGAAUGAAAGGCUUCAAUUGGAGGAGCAGAAAGCAGCUUCCAGAGAGAAGGCCAGCCAGAAGAACCCCCAGAUCAUGUAUCUGGAACGGGAGCUGGAGAGCCUCAAGGCCGUGCUGGAGAUCAAGAAUGAGAAGCUGCACCAGCAGGACGUCAAACUGCUCAAGAUGGAGAAGCUGGUGGACAGCAACACUGCCCUGGUGGACAAGCUGAAGAGGGUCCAGCAGGAGAAUGAGGAGCUGAAAGCACGAAUGGACAAGCACGUGGCCAUCUCCAGCUCUCGACGGAGCAAGCUGUCCUGCAAGAGUCCCUGGAGAAGGAGUCCAAGGUCAACAAGAGGCUGUCGAUGGAGAACGAGGAGCUGCUGUGGAAGCUUCACAACGGGGACCUGUGCAGUCCCAAGAAGUCCCCCUCUUCCGCGGUGCUGCCUUUCUCCUCCCCAAGGAAUUCCGCCUCCUUCCCCAGCCCCACAGGCUCACCUAGAUGACCCUUCUGGAGCAUGGGCUGCCAGCUGCCAGAGAGCGCUUUCCGUAGCCAGCCAGGGGACUGACCCUUCCACCAAUCACGGCCAGUGCGGGCCUGGUGAGGGCACUCGGGGGCGGCUGACCCGGCCACUGGAGUCCGCGGACAGACAGGCGUGGCUCCUCGGGCGGCCUUGGCUCCCGCCAGCCCUGCGAGGUUUCAGGAAUACCACCUGCGCCGGCACGCAGGGAGAGACGUUGAUGCACAGAGCACUUGGCGAGCCAGACGCGUCUCGCUCGCUGCCUUUCUCCCCCACCUGGGGAGAACCAGCUCAGGGGCCUCUUCACGUAGAGUAUAACCUUUCUCAUGUUCUUGUCACAGACACUUUUCCUGUGGGCCACCGUGGGCUCGUGGGACUGGGGUGGGCAAGGCUUGCUGGUGCCCCGCCUUUGGCUCUAGAGGGGACGCAGAGAGCUGCAGCAUGAGCGGGGACACACAAGCGGUUGUGCCAGGGACAGCCUCCAGGACAUCUUGGCCAUGGACACCCUAGGGGAGGGAGGAUGGGGACCCUGGCUCAAUGCCUUGGGGUCUGCUUUCUGGGGCGUAUGGGCCUUUCAGAUGGAAUGCCCUGCUGUGAGAACUGAAAUGAGGGCAAUGUUCUCUAGUUUUCAAUGACCCCCACUCUCCAGAUAAUACAAGUCACUGGCUUCUGGUUCAUCUUUUUAGCUACGGACAAAGGUGGAACACUAAUGUGUCUCCCUGGAUCCCCAGGAGCAAGGCCUCUUUCUUGGGCUCAGUCCUGGGCUGAUUCUUCCAAGGAAGAAGGGGCAGGGAUCCCCCCCGGAGCCCCAACCUCCUCCUCAUUUUUAAUUUGCUCUGAAUAGUCACCCAUAGAUGGGAGCUACCUCUCCCCUCCUCUCUUCCCCUCCUCUUUCUCCUCUCCUCUCCCUUGCCUUCCCUCUCCUCCCCUCCUCUUCCUCUUCUCCUCUCCCCUCCCUUCCUUCUCCUCCCCUCUCCUUUCUAAAGCCAUGACAUAAGCCUUCUACCUCCUUUUCUCUGGAACAAGGGUAAUUAAUAUGCUCGCUCAGAACCAGCUCAUUUUCCAGGCAUAAGUCAUUUCCCAAAAAAACCUGAGACCAGACUCUAACGUUACAAACUAUUGAAAAACCCAGAACUAGUUAAUUUGGGGAAGCAGCGAGGGAAAAUCAUUGAUUAGCAAAGUUUGGGAAGAGGCUACGUGUAUCCCUGUGUUCAAGGGAAGAAACGCCGUAAUAUUCUAGGAGGUGAGGUAUUGGCUGGAAUGAGCCAGCUGGGAGCCUACUGGCUCUAGGUCUGUCUUGGAGAAAUCCUGGGGGGAGGGCAGAGGGGCCCGUGUCAGAGCAGAAACCCUGGCUUGUGCAGUUGUCCCUUUCUAACUUCCGUGAGAGACCUUCCCCAGCUCCCUCAGCCUCCUCCACCCCAGGCAACCUCGGGGCCCAGAAAAGCAGGGCUGUUUUGCCCUUGUCUUUGAAUCGUCGCUGUGGUGCCAAUGAGCCGGGCGUCCGGGAACCCUCCAGGAGCCGCCAUGCAGACUUUGGACACCAGGGGGCGAAUCGAAGUUCAGGAGGCAUGUCAAUUUGUAACAAUUCCUUCUUUUGUCUCAUGUUUAAUCUCCAGUGUUCUGUUGUAUGUGUAAUCUUUCCAGUUGUAGGGAUGGUUGGAAAGCCAGCUCCCUUCAGGCUCCAAGUGGGAGUAGGGGCUACUGGAAUCUCUGCACCCCCGUGGAGCUGUCCUUGGUCUGGCCAGCUCCCGGGGGCCAGGCAUCCCAGGACACGGAAGGCUACCACAGGGCUGAGGGGUCUGGGGCCCCAUGUGUUGCUCCAUUCUUGAGUCAGAUGGGAGACAGCAGCGGAGGAGGAGGAGAACAGCUCUUUCAAGAUGCUUUUCCAGGUCCACGUUGUAGGACAGUGCUGAGAAGAGGCACGGGGGCCUCAGCUUGAGCUACCCCCCCCGACUGUGCCCACCUGUACUGCCCUCCCCACAGUCGUGUCGUCCCCACCACCACCCCCCACCCCACCCCCACCCCCCAUCAGGCCCUCUCACCUCGGAGAACCCGGCCCCCACCCCACCCCAGGCAUUCUGAAUGCGGUCCUAAAAGGUGGGUCCUAGGAGCUAGAAUUGGACCCUCACAGCUGGCUGGUCCUUAGAGCUUCUGCUUGCUCUGAAUUAGGGGGCUGGGGCUUGGGAAGGAGCUGAUGUAUUUUGAUUUGGGUGUGUUAAGAUAAUAAAUAAAAUUUUGACUUAGC